AUGCUCAAAGUUGAAUUUUUGAUCGAAUUUUUAUACGAAGCAAGCAUGGAUUUGAACAAAAUAACGUAUUUCACGCGAAACAUGGCUAAUUAUAUGGCAUCCUACUUUUCGACGAAAACAGAGGACGCACAAGAUGUUGAGAAAGAUAAGAAUAAAACUCCAAUCUCAGCAUUAAAUCAACAGAAAAGUGCGGGUCCUGGCGCAGCAAAUGCGAAGCCAUCUAACGAGGAGAAGCAACCAAAUAAGACAGAAAGUGUAAAAGUGGGCGAAAAAGAUGAAAAUACGACUCCAAGCCCAGCAACAAAUCAACAGAAAGGUGCAAAUUCUGUUCCAACGAAUGAAACACAGAAGCCACAAAAUGUACCACCUCUUUCCGUUAACAUCGACCAAAAAAACAAAUCCUUUAUCUCUUCCCAAUAUGUCAAUAAGGAAAGCAAUCUCGAAGCAUAUUCUGGCAUCUCUCGUCCUUUAGAAACCUCAGGAGAAAAGGGACAAGCUGCUGCAACACCGCUGCGUUCUCAACAGAAUGAACAACAUUCCAAUAACGAUACAAAACCAAAGCAACAACCUUCUCCCGACUUUCAAACUCCGACUGCUGUUCAAAUGGCUCGCUCGACAGACCCAAGCUAUGAAACACUGCGUGGGCUGGACAAUGCCAAGGUUUUUGGCGACGACAAGAGUGCGGAAGCAAAACAACAACCUUCUCCUGAGUUCAAAGCUCCGUCUGCUGUUCAAGUAGCUCGCUCGACAGAUCCAAGCUAUGAAACACUGCGUGGGCUGAAUAAUGCCGACGUUUUUGGCAAAAAUAAGGAAUCUAAUGAAAAUGAUGAGGGAGCAUAUGAAUCAGCCGAUGCACUUGACAAAACGGACCCAUUCUCCACACAUGUCGUGGCUUCUUCAGCGUCGGGAAAGUUACGUUCAGAUCAAAAGGAUAUGGAACAGCUUGUCUUAUGUUGUAAAAGUCUCCAUCGAAUAUAUGAAGUACUCCACCGUAUUAAUGACAUAAAGAAAGAUUUAUGGUGA